CAUGCACACACCUUAGUGUAGUUAGACAACUAGUAGAGAGUUUAGAGGAGAAGGAACAAUUGGAAGAAAAGAGGAGAAGGAUAUCGCAAGAAGCGCGUCAAAAUGUCACCACUUCCAUCAGUCAGAAGGGAGAUGGUCCCUCCAUCGGGGGUCAGGCGGAGGUGUCGGCAAAGACCUCGCUGAGACGCAGCCGAUCACGGCAGUCGUACAGUCGUGAUGAGGAGAGAAGCGAACGCCAGAGGAAGGAGGACCAGUACCAGAAGUGGCAGAGCUUCAAGGCCAAGCAGCGCAGUGACAAGCACGCCACGCUGAAGAAGAAACUGGCCCUGCAGCAGGAGUUGAUACAGGCCAACGACGAGUUGCACUUGCAGCGGCAGAUACUGGAGAAACAGCGUCAAGCCGAGAUGGAAACGGAUGAACCUUCCUCAAUUCGCGAGGCUAAACGACAGGAACGACGGCAGAUGCAAGAAGCGCUGACGCAGAGAGGCAAAAUUGAUCUAGAGAGUGAAAGGCAAGAGGCUCGCACCAAGCGCCGAGCGGCCCGAAAGCUGGCCGCCAAGCUCCAGCAAGCGUCACUCGACUCCGGAGACAAACAAGAGCAGUGCACAGCCCCACCGGCCAUCGGCCGCACGCUCAGCACCAUCCCCAGCCGAGGGGAGCACCGCAGCGGUCGGCUGUCCGUGGUAUCCAGCAGCGACGAGGAUGACAAGGAUGAAGAUGGAGAACAUGACAGAGAGGAGGUCGACAAAGAUACUCUCCCUCACCAGCAGGACUUGUACAAGAUCUUUGGCCGAAAGCAAGCCAACUACUUCCUACGGCAAAUCGAGCCCGAGCAGAAGAAGGUGGUGCCAGUGCCCCAGUCCCUCCGCAAACAGGGAGGUCGUGCUGGGGUCAGUGCCCUCUGGGGUACCCUGAGGGACCAAUCCACUGUCAAGCUGCAGAAAGCGGACUCCAAGAUCCCGCAGGAGCUGAAGGCUGCCUAUGGGGCCUUCGUCAGGGAGUGUCUGACCAAUAACAAGACGGUGGCCAAGCGCAGCUUUUACAGCGAAGAAGGGGUUCCCGAUGGUGAGCGGCUUCAAGAUGGCAGCUAUCACCAGCGGGUCAAGGAUGUCCAGAAGAAAGUGGAGCUGAUGUAUCGUGCAGCGAUGACCAACGAAGACAAGGCUACAGUGCUGCUCUUUAACAACCCCAUACCGGACUUCAACAACUUGAAGGGGACAGAGGGGCCGUUGCGAUACCACCCGUCCUGGAUUGACGAGGGUAGUGACGAAGAGGAGCCAAGUUACAAGAAGUGGCUGAGGGAGAUGCCCUCCCCACAUCUCCAACUCCCCCCGCUGGAGGACCUACCGCCCACCCCGGCCAAACAGCAGCGGCCCAGCAGAAACCCCCAAGACCAGCAAGAUACGGACUGCUACGACGCCAAUGACAACGAUGAUGACUCGAUGAGCUGGGAUUCGCUUCCUGACCUCCCCGACGAGGAGCAGCCCCCGGCCGCUAAGGACAAGAAGCCCCAGAAGCUCUCGUUCCUAACGGAGGCAGCUGCCACCGUGCCUGGUCAGUUCCGCAAACGCUGGGAGGACAAGAGGGAUGCCACCGGUCGGUUCAUCCCUGGGAAGGAAGUGAUGGCCAGGGCCUCCUUAGAAGACAACGGAGGUGGUGAUGGGACAAAGACAAAGCUAGCACCAGGUCUGAGCAUGGUCCGUUCCAGCACAGCGCCUCCCCUGUCCUCCUCCCUUGCAUCUCAAUCCAGCAGUGGGCAACGCAAGAUCCAGACGGCCCGCAAGGAAUGGCAGCCCCUCAGCUUGACGGCCUUGGAGGACUACAAGCCAGCCGUCCACCUACUGGGCCAGGGCGACUUUGCCCAGGGCCAGGAGUUCAUGUGGAAGCCCAUCGUGGCCAGUGCUGCCGGCAAACCGUGAUGCUUUGCUGGCGACAUUGGCCUCGGCGGCCACUGGAGGUUGAAAACACUGAACCCUGGGUGACUCGUGGUUUCUGUUGCACUUUUUACUGCAAAAAAAAAAAGGAUUGAUGGUCCUGCUCCAGUUGGCCAGUGGUGUACAAUUGUUACCCCCGUUCACUGGGCCAUGAGCCUAGUUUUCUGCAGCAACAAUCUGUGCUCUCCCCUUAUAGGUAUUACUGUUUAUAUUCAUUGGUUGUAAGAGGCACUCCCCCUUUAAGUGCCUUAACCAAACAACACACUUCCUAUGGUACGUAUGGGGGUUGAGCCCACACACCAUUGUAUGAGAGUUAAUCAUCAGGAACACUUGACAGUGGUGCUCAUCAGGCUAAGGAUUUGUGACUAUUUGUAUUAGUAUUUCCCACUGCCAUAUAUGAAUCUCCAGUUUUUUGAGUGCACAGCCAAUGGGAAUCUUUUGAUUGUUCAUCAAUGUGAGUCAGAAGUUUGCCCAAAAUGUGUCAUUAAACGAGGACGGCAUGUCCAAAUUGUAUUCAGCGGUGUCCAAACAACUUCCUACAGGCUUUGGCCAGAAAGAAAGAUGGAGCAACAUGUAACAGGGAUUCCCCAAGCCCGGGGGGGAUUACCAUUAAGGCCAUGAAAGUGCUUUGAAAUUAAAGCAUAAACGUGUAUAUGUGUAGCAUUCCAUUCUGUCCUGAACAAUUCUGAAAACAAAAAUCUGUGACUGUUGUAGUCACAUAAGUGCAUUCAAAUUAAAGUAAGGAAUGUUUAUAGACGCCGAGUUUCCAUUGCGUCCUUAAGCUAAGCUGUCCUAACAAGGAAAGACUGCUGAAGUUUGGAGAGUGCCUUUUAAAAAGUAUCUGGCAUUAAUGCCGUGAUUCGUGGGUUGUAUCUGAAUGAAUAUUUUUGUCAGUAACUGGCUAGUUAAAGCAGCAUUCCACUGGCAAAACAGCAACAGCCACUGCCAACAUUGCCAAAUUUAGACACUGCUGCCGUUUUUGGAAAAGGUUCAUUGUCUGGCUUCAGAGAAGGUGCGUGAAGGCUCGCAUAGCCGAAAAUUUGAAACGAUUGUGUGACACAGUCUGAACUCUAGCCAAGGUUUGAAAGAAUUGCUCAAGUGUUUUGGGGUUAGGGAUGAGUUUGUGUGCCUAAAAAUACAUUGUUCUGAAGCACAGUUCAUGUCAUAUCUUGUGUUUGCGGAUUUUUCAGUAACACCGUUUUUGAAAGUUAUAGGUAUCUUUCAAUUCAUUUGAAGUGAACAAAAAUUAUUUUCUGCAGUUUUUAUGAUUGAUUCCAUCCAAACAAGUACAAUUUUAUUUACCAUUUGUAAAUAGCCUUAUUUAAAAACUGAGUUUGACAAAAUAUUUGCUCGUAAUUUAAAGUAAAAAUUACGAAAUGAUUUUGUUUAAAUUUAAAUGUGUUUGCAUUUUGCAUCCGUCCAUUGCAUCUUGUUAAAUGAAUUGUAAUAUCCUUUUUUAUUUUAAAGAUUAUGUAAAAAUAAGUCUGUGGGUGCUACUCAUUGUCAAAUUCUAUUUUCUCAGUGUAAACUAUCUCUUUUUUGCUGAAAAAAAUAAACAGUGUUUUUUA